UACUAUAAAAGUAAAGUACAAAGAUCAAUGCGGAUUUACCUUACUAUUUACCUUUACCUUGCUAUUCGAUUAUAUUUCUAUGAUGUAGUAAUUGUAAGUGUUUAUUCAAUCCAUGCGUUACAUUAGCGUAUCACCAAAUGGGUCCUUUAUAUAUAUAUAUAUGAUUUCAGAUCAACAAACCACGACGCGAAUCUGCUGUUCAAAGUGGGCGUUAAAAACACUGUCAUCAGGAAAAACGCGAUCUUUGGACACCUAUUGUAAACGUCCGUAGCGUUUUGUUCAUAAUUAUAAAUCAUAGACAAAAUACAUGGUUUUGUGUUCACCACUUGAAAGCUGAGCUGCAGUUGAUUAAGAAACAUGAAAAGGAGGUUGUUGCUGGUGUCAAACUCGACCCUUUACGGUGGAGGUUAUCUGGAUCAUUGUCAACAAGAGAUAAAGCAGUUUUUCGGAGACCAUGUGAAAAAAAUACUCUUCGUUCCCUACGCUUUAAAAGACCAGGACGCUUAUGCUAGCAUAGCCCGGGAAAAGUUCACAAGUCUAGGUUAUCAGCUGGACAGCGUACAUGAAGCAGCCGAUCCAGUGGAGGCAGUGAAAAAGGCAGAGGGCAUCUUCAUUGGGGGUGGCAACACAUUCCGACUGCUCAAAACCUUGUACGAUCACAAGCUGGUUUCGGAAAUCCAGAGGCGUGUGCUGAUGGACGGGGUUCCAUACAUGGGUUCAAGUGCUGGCACAAACGUUUCCACCAUCAGCAUCCAUACCACAAACGACAUGCCCAUUGUCUACCCUCCAAGCUUGGAUGCCAUUGGCCUGGUGCCUUUUAACAUCAAUCCCCAUUACGUGGAUCCUGAUCCUAACAGCAGGCACAUGGGGGAGACCCGAGAGCAGCGCAUUUUUCAGUUUCAUGAGGAACCCGACACACCAUGUGUGCUGGGCUUGAGGGAGGGGUCAAUGCUGCUUGUGGAGGGAUACAAAGCCACGCUGCUGGGCAGUACUAAUGCAAGGCUCUUCUCCAGAGGAAAAUCGGCCACAGAAUUCGCACCAGAGAGCGAUCUCAGCUUCCUCCUGACAGACUGAUCACUGGCUGGAGGCAGAAUGGCAUCUCACAAACGUAUAUCAUACCAUGUGACGAAAUUUACAAGCAUACAGAAUCACUGAAUUUACAAGCAGAUUUAAGCUUACAGUUUAAAAACAAAUGUCCAUUAAUCUUAAAUAUUUUGGUUAGAUAUUGUUAAGCACCAAACCUAAACGCAACACAUGCAGAGACCAAAAUCAUAAUAGAGAUGUUUAUUAAGAAGCUGAAGAAGAAAUUUAGCCAGAAAAUGCAAAAAUACAGUUCUAUGCAGGUAGUAUAAUUAAGAGACCUUGCAUUUUUAACAGGAUAUUACCAUCAUUCAAAAACACUAAACAUCUAAAAACAUUAGUGAUCCAGGGGCUACUGCAGCUUGGAUAAUAGCCAUUUUUGCUAUCCUACAUUGAUGUUCUACCUUGACACUCUCUUUAUUUUUAAUAGUAAAUAAUUUGUGAAAAUCAAUGGCUUAACUGCCGUCUGAAUUCACCAAAACCAUUACAUUUUUCUGUUAAUUUACAUUGUUUAAUAUUAUGAAAUAAUUAUCCUGAGCACCAAUCAAUUAACAGCUUUUCUUAAGAUUUGUUCAGUUGGUUUCUAAUGAAGGCACUAUCCCUUUGGGCCAUGUUUCCAGGACAUCGUGAGUGCAUGAAUACUGUCUGACUAAAAUGAGCCUUUUCUAAUGUUUUAGUUAUAGUAAUAUAAGUGUAUGUGCCCGGUAAUGGAUGGGCAUGCUGUCCAGAGGGUUCCCUAGCUUUGUAACUGAUUGGAAUACGGAUGAACAAUGGCAAUAAAAGACGCUGAUAUGA